AUGCCGAGACCUUCACGUAAAAAACAGAAAACGGCCCAUAUCCAGCGAUCGUGUAACAGCGUCCUGGUAGAUCAAAAUCAGCGGCAACAACCAAACAAACCAGAAGCAAAGAAGUUAGUUCUAUUUGGGAAAAGUAUCAUCAUUGACGAACAUGACCAGCAGGUUUCGUUCUAUCAAAAACUUCGAUUUUGGUUCCGGCAUGCAAUCCCUGAAGGCAGUAAAGAUACCGCAGUGCCUCGUAUGAGCUCCGUUGCUUCACCAUCUACAUCACGCCAAACCCACCAAGAACAUGAUGUUCCACUCGGAGAUGAUUCGUGCAUCUUCCAGAAGUUACCCCGACCGCUAGCGACGAAUGUAACGCCGUAUCCAACUGCGGUGCCAUUGAAAGGGAGUGCAACAUUACCUGCGGCUGUUAUAAAUGACCCAAAAUGUCUGCUGAAACAUCAUAAGGCACACUGGAAAACGGUGCGUAAGGAUUGGAUUCAUCAUCGACAGAUGUACUUGCAGCGAUACAAGCCGUGCUUUGAGUUUAUAAACUCAACAUACUUACCACCAUUAGAAGAUUAA